AUGCGGAAGGGGGCACCAAUGGAGAAGGUCUCUGGAGGAGCUAGAGCGCCGCCUGUGCCGGAGGUGAGUAGUUUGAGCAGGGCAGCGCAUGUGCCAGAGCAGAGGAGUUUGGGAUGUGGCGCUGGCGACUUCUUCAACGGCAGCGACGACUUCUUUGGUAGCCCCGAACAGAGCUCCCAACCAUGGAAUCCUCAAUCUUCAGAUCCUGCAAUGUGGGGAACAAAUGCAACACCUCCCGGAGGCUUCACCAAUUUCAUCCAGCCCAACAUGUCCCAAAAUUUCAUUUUUGGUGGACAACCAUCUCAAUAUGCACCAUUCAGGCAGCCGCGGAAUAUGCAAGAUGUACAAUCAGAAGAGGAAUUUUCGACUCCUAUUUCAGCAAAGGACAAUAACCCAUAUGUUAAUGUUGACAGCGGUGAAGAGGCACCUAGGACUGAGAAGCGAAUAUUUUGGAGUCAAGAAGAAGAUGUCAGGAUGAUUAGCUCCUGGCUUCUCAAUUCAACAGACCCAACCUGUGGUGCUGAUAGGAAGAAUGAGCAAUAUUGGAGUGAUGUUGAGGUCACAUACAAUGAAACUACACCAAGUCAUAGGGCCAGGAAUGCCAAGCAAAUCAAGGACCGUUUUCAUAAGGUAAAUAGGUGGACUGACCUAUUUCAUAGUGCUUGGUUGAAGGCUAGAAUGAUUUAUACUAGUGGCUAUAAUGAUCUAAUGUGGAUUGAGAAGGCCCAUGUGUUCUAUAUAGAAGACAAUAAGAAACUCAAUCUAGGACCUUUUGUGUUGAUGGAAGUUUGGAACACAGUCAAAAAUGAAGCAAAGUGGAUUACAUACAACAAUGGGCUUAAAGCAGCAAGAAAAAGAAAGGGUCCAGGCAAUGAGAAGGAAGGAGAGGCUGAGGAUCAUACAGAUGUAGAUGAACUUGAUGAUCAGCCUAGACCAAUGGGGCAAAAACUAGCUAAAAAGCUUAAAUAUGCCACAAUUAAGGAUGUGAACCAUAUAGAUCUUGAAGAGCUGGACAAAUUUGGUAAAAUCCAGGAUGAACAGAAUGCAAGUAGGCUGAAAGUAUUGGAAGUGCAGCAGAAGUUAUCAUCUGAGAAGAUAGAACAAACAAAGCUUGCUCAUCUUGCAGCAAAGGAACAGAAAGAGGUAGCAUAG